AUGGCGAACUCCCAGCAGAACCCGCAGCCAAAGACUUCACGUCCUGCAGUGACUCCAGCAUCACCAUCCCUGCCUUCAGAGGCACCUUCUCCUCCGUCGAAAAGAGAUUUAGCAUCGUGGUGGAAACAAUUUAAGCGGAAUACAAAGAAAGAAGAUUCAGUGCCACCACCUUCCGGUAUCUUCGGCAUCCCUCUGAACGUUAGCAUUAAAUAUGCCAACGUCGCCAUCUCCCUAACCGGUGAGGAUGGGAAGAGUUUUGUGUAUGGCUAUGUUCCUAUAGUAGUAGCUAAAUGUGGAGUAUUCUUGAAGGAGAAAGCCACCGAUGUCGAAGGCAUUUUCCGUUUGAGUGGCUCCGCCAAGCGAAUUAAGGAUCUACAAGAGGUCUUCAAUUCGCCAGACCGAUACGGGAAGGGUCUUGAUUGGAACGGGUACACUGUUCACGACGCAGCUAAUGUCCUACGCCGAUAUCUCAACCAACUACCCGAGCCCAUCGUUCCAUUAGACUUUUAUGACCGAUUUCGUGACCCGUUGCGACAUGGACGGCCUUAUAGUCAACCGACCGGGGAGGGUGCCGAGCCGAACAACACAGGGAUUCUCAGUCGUGAUGAGGCCGUAGCGGCAUAUCAGCAACUGAUUAAAGAGCUGCCUCCGUUAAAUCGCCAACUGCUGCUCUAUAUACUGGACUUGCUGACGGUCUUCGCAUCCAAAUCCGAUCUCAAUAGGAUGACCGCAACAAAUCUAGCCGCGAUAUUCCAACCAGGCUUGCUUUCUCACCCUAACCAUGACAUGUCGCCACAGGAAUACAGACUGAGUCAAGAUGUACUCGUCUUUCUUAUCGAAAACCAAGACAACUUCCUCUUCGGAAUGACCGGCACUGCAGCAGAUGAGCAAACCGUCAAAGAAAUGCAAGAGCGUGUACAUCCAAAGACUGGCGUACGUCGUUCAGCAUCCAACGCCAGUGGAGGUGCAGAUAGCCUUCGCAAGUAUGAAGCAUUGCGAAGAAACGUAUCUGUGUCUUCGAGAAAUUCUAAAAAUUCUGGUGGAAACGUCGGGAGCCCAACCACUCCAAAAUCCAUCAAUAGCUUUGGAGUUCAUCGAAGUAAUACUGUUCCUUCAAAACGACCUCCAGGACUUUCCCCGAAUGCAUUCAAUCGGUCACCUCAACCAUCGAACCCUCCGACUGGCGGAUUAUCACCGUCUCCCUCCCCGCAUCCAACCUCCCGCUCCAACAGCCGUGUGCCAUCAAUAGAAGUCAUGAAAGAUACCAAAGACACGAAACCAGACAUGCGUAUUGAUAUUAACCCUCCCAUAACCGCUCCCGAGUCCGCCACACAACCCAGUCAGAACGUUGCCGAUACCAAUACCCCGAAAUCGGCUGGGACCCCAAAUCGAGAACGCAAGUUAACCUCGCUUUUCGCCUGGCCAGGUCCUCCUGAGGAUGGUCGACAGCCUAACAGACUAAAGAAAAAGCGUCGGAUACCCGGUAGCGCUAGCGAGAGUGCCCAGAGUUCCACACAGUCACUAAGUUAUCACACGGACGAUAUUGGCUCACCACCUCCCCCAUCGUUGCGUGGACAGCCCGACACUGAUGUGGAUCAGUCACAUGUUUCUACGCCGAGAGCACAUGUUAAUAGCGCUGGUGAUCCGGUUUCACUAAGUAUCUCGCCGCCAGCGCCAAUCGGGGCUCACACCGGCGCCAGUUUCAGCAACUCGUCCCUCGCAAGUUCAGUUUUACAAAAUCAAAUCACAUCACCCGAUAUCGUGCAGGUCAACAAGGGUAGCUCGACAUCUACCCUACCAUCCCAAUCAUCUGAUGUGGGCGGUAGCCAGAUCGUUAGUCCACCUGCCUCCAAGGACAACGGUGAAGAAGAACGCAAAGGCUUUUUCAGCAAGUUCAAGGCCAAAGUCGGUAUCAAAGAAAAAGAGCAUGACCACGGACGAGCCCAAAGUCCUCCUAUUUCUGAUAAUGAUAGAACGCCCGCGCGGACCAGCUUGUCAUUUUUUGCUAGGGAUGGCGGGAAAAGCAACCAAACUCAACCGCUCGACACUACAAAAGACCAACAUCACAUUGGAACUCAAGAUAAGCUUGCGACUGUCGCACCUGCUUCUCCGCCAUCAUCCUUACUUUCAGGAUCCCAAGAUUCAAACCCCCCACCGCCGGCUAUUCAUGAAGUAACAGCCACUACGGAUGUUGUUACCGUACUACCAAAGGUCGAAGAGGAGCCAUCGUUACCAGAGUCAGGUAACGAUGACCCAGUAGGAGUAACGGAACCAGAACCGGACAAAGAACGACCUCAACCGUUGAACCAAGGGUUAGUCCAGGAGGUUACUGAAGCAGCACCUGUUGAAGCCCCUGUUGAAGCGCCUGUUGAAGCGCCUGUCGAAGCAUCUCUUGUUCCUGUUCCAUCUGAAGUUGUUCCCGAACUCCCAGCCGAAAAGCCCUCAGAAUCAUCACAGGCAGCUAUUGAUAUGUCUGUGGAGACUGUUCCUGAAAAGCUGGCGGACCCAAUCAAAGCGCCAAGUGAACCGCCAGUCGAGAUAAAUAUUAAUAAACCAGAGCCGGAAGUCUCAGCGGACCAAGCCACUCAAGCUCCAGCAGCAUUGACGAAUGCACAGGAGGAGUCUAAAUCCGACAUCCAAUCAUCAACAUAA